AUGUCGUCCAGGGAUAGGUUACCGAUUUUCCCUUCUAGAGGAGCCCAAAUGUUAAUGAAAGCUAGGCUAAAGGGGGCUCAAAAGGGACACAGUUUGCUUAAAAAGAAAGCAGAUGCCUUACAAAUGCGUUUUCGUAUGAUUUUAAAUAAAAUCAUUGAGACCAAAACUCUAAUGGGAGAAGUAAUGAAAGAAGCUGCAUUUUCUCUAGCCGAGGCAAAAUUCACAACGGGUGAUUUCAACCAAGUCGUUCUUCAGAACGUCACUAAAGCGCAGAUCAAAGUUAGAACAAAGAAAGACAACGUAGCUGGUGUAACUUUGCCCGUUUUUGAGUGCUAUCAAGAUGGUACCGACAGCUACGAAUUGGCCGGUUUAGCUAGAGGAGGCCAGCAGCUAGCCAAGCUGAAGAAGAACUACCAAAGUGCCGUGAAACUAUUGGUGGAACUGGCAUCCUUACAGACUUCGUUCGUUACCUUAGACGAGGUAAUUAAGAUUACCAACAGAAGAGUGAAUGCAAUCGAGCACGUCAUAAUUCCAAGAAUUGAGCGCACCCUGGCCUACAUUAUAUCCGAACUCGACGAAUUGGAAAGGGAGGAGUUCUACCGGUUGAAGAAAAUCCAGGACAAAAAGAAAAUUAACAAAGCCAAAGCCGAAAAGGCAAAGGCUGAAUUGAUCGCGGCGGGACGCCUAAAAGAGGCUAUGCUAGAAGCCAGUAAUUUGUUGGACGAAGGCGAUGAGGACCUGCUCUUCUAAUGCCUUAAAUGUAAGACGUUAUUAAAAAAAUUGUACAUUUUCUUUAUACAGAUAUAUUAUAUUGAUAUUAAAUCGUGCAGUAUUUUGUUAUUAAUUUGAUUUCGUGGGUUCUUUUGAUCGUUUUGAGGGUUAAGGAAGGGAAAAUUUUAAAUAGUCUAGUAAUUGUGCAGAAAAUCAUUUAUUCCAUUAUUGUUAAGUGUUAGAGAUAAGGCUCAUGAUACUGUUAUUGUAUUAUAUAAUUCCUGUGCCCCAUUUAAUACAUUUAGAUGUAUUCCAAAUAAAAGUUUGGAGAAAAUA